AUGGAAUUCUCCUUCUUACUUUUCCUAACACUCCUGCUCAUAAUCUGCGCUUUUCCCUUACUGGUAAACUCCUUGAUCCCCAACCCGAACCCGAAACAAUUCAACCCGCCGCCGAGCCCGCCGGCGAUUCCAAUUCUCGGCCACCUCCAUCUGAUCCGGCAGCCAAUCCACCGCACUCUCCAAUCCCUCUCGGCCAAAUACGGCAAAAUCCUCUCCCUCCGCCUCGGGUCCCGCCGGGUCCUCCUUGUCUCCACCCCUGCCGCCGUCGAGGAAUGCUUCACCCGCCACGACCUGGCGUUCGCCGGCCGUCCCCAACUCCUGGCCGGCAAGUACUUCCACUACGACUUCACGACCGUCUUCGUCGCCCCCUACGGUGACCACUGGCGCAACCUCAGGCGCAUCCUCAACAACGCGCUCUUCUCCACGGCGAGCCUGGCCAGGUUCGCCGCCGUCAGGGAGGCCGAAACUCGCUCCCUGGUCGAGCGAAUCGCGCGGUGGGGUUCAAUAUGGGGUUACAGGGGAAACGUCGUCGAGCUGAAAUCGCAAAUCCGCGAGGCGACUUUCAACACGAUGACGAUGGCCGUGCUGGGGAAACGAUACUACGGCGGCGGCAGGGGAGACGGCGACGACGCAAGCGAUUCGGAGGCCAACGAGUUCAAGCAAGUGAUGAGGGAUAUUGUUUACUUGUGCGGAAAGAACUUGAUCGAUUUCCUGCCGAUUCUGCAGCGGGUCGAUCUGUUCCGAACGGAGAAACGGAUGGCUGCCCUGAGGGAGAAGAUGGACAAGUUUUUGCAGGGUCUCGUCGACGAGAAUCGCCGGAAGCUCGGGGAAGAGAAGGAGGAGGAGGCGGUGAUAAUUGAGGAUCUGUUGAAUUUGCAGAGGGAGGAGCCAGAGUUUCUGACGGACCAGAUACUCAAGGGGAUUAUUCUGGUAAUUCUAAUUGGGGGCACAGACACGGUUGCCACAGCAAUAGAAUGGGCGAUGGCUCUGUUACUGAACCAUCCGGAAGUGAUGACCAAACUAGGAGCAGAAAUUGCUAGUAAAGUCGGGCAAGAGAGGCUCGUCAGCGAGCUGGAUCUGUCGAAUCUCGCGUAUUUGAAUCACGUGAUCGACGAGACUCUUCGUCUCUACCCGCCCGCUCCGCUUCUAGGCGUGCACCAAGCGUCGGAGGACUGCAGCGUGGGAGGGUACGACGUCCGCAAAGGGACGAUCCUGAUGGUGAACGCGUGGGCGAUUCACAGAGAUCCGGAGGCGUGGGAGAAUCCGACGGAGUUUGUUCCCGAGAGAUUUGAAGAAGGGUUCCGAAACGUCGUCGUCGGGGGAGGAGGAGAAGGAUGUUGUAAGUCGUUUCCGUUCGGUCUGGGGAGGCGAGGAUGUCCGGGUGUCGCGGUGGCGAACCGAGUGAUGGGGUUGGUCUUGGGAUGUUUGGUUCAAGGGUUCGAGUGGGAGAGGAUUGGUAUGGGAGCGGUGGAUAUGACCGAGGGGUUGGGACUCACUCUGCCUAGAGUUGAGCCCUUGAACGUAAUGUGCAAGCCACGAGACCUUGCCAUGAGUCUCUUGGUUGAGCCUUUGGAUUUGUGA